AUGCUUGAAGUCGGCUCGCUGAGCACACGAAACGCCUGUUCACUCAGUGGCUUGUUCGAUAUGGUACACAUUGAUCUCAACAGCCAGGAACCUGGAAUCGAGCAACAGGACUUCAUGAAGAGGCCGCUGCCCGAAGAUGACUCCCAGAAGUUCGACAUCAUAUCGCUGAGCCUCGUGGUCAAUUUCGUUCCCGAUGCGGCGACUCGCGGUCAAAUGUUGGAGCGUACGCUGUCCUUCUUGCGCGCGACCCCUUCAGAAGACCAGGCAGCACCAUUCGAGGAUUUCUUCCCUUCAUUGUUCCUCGUCUUGCCCCGGAGCUGUGUCGACAACUCUAGGUACUUCACUGAGGCUAGGCUGGAAGCCUUAAUGGGGACAUUGGGAUUUGCCAAGAUCAGCGGCAAGACGACGCAGAAAUUGGCAUACAGUCUCUGGAAAAUGGGAGGCACGCCUAACAAUAGUGCUAAAUUCCCCAAGAAGGAAAUCAAUCCGGGGAAGACGAGGAACAAUUUUUUCAUCACGCUCGAUAGAUCAACGAGUUGA